UGUAUUAAUCGAAUCGAGACGCUGUUUUUGUUAAUUUGUGCAAUAAAUUAUUUAUUUUGUAUUUUGCAAUUUCCACCUUCAAAAGGCGGGAGGCCAAAUAAUCCCACGCUACUCACGAGUAGUAUGGUAGCUUAAACCCUCAAAAAAAAAAAUAUAUAUAUAUUUUGUAUUAAAUAAAGUCCGCGCGUGCGGAAACCCCUGCAGACCAUGGAUAAAUUCGUGCAACGCAAACCCUCAUGGAAAACAAAAACUUACGAGGCGGUCGUCGCUGAAGCAGCGCAGAAAACGCAGAGACUGCAACAUCAUGCGCCACCAGUGCGUCGUCCGUUGCAGGAGCACCCGGCUUCGAAUGUCACCCCGAAGCAUCUGAAUCAGCCUCAGAACACAGCAGAUACCAUGCGUGCCUCGGAGAAGAUGCCGGACGUGCACACUAGUGCAAAAAAAACGUCCAAACCUUCUCCCGUGGCCCGCCCGAUCGUUUCGCAACCGAUGACUCCACGUUCGAUCAGCGAAGGGCCUUUUGUGGAGACAAAAAACAAUGUGACAACGCCCACGUCCAGGCCGGUUGGACCCUGGGCACGUCUACAGAAUGAUCUCAACAGCCCCAGCGCUUCACUUCGAGUUCGUGCCAUUCGCGCUCUGAAAAGUCCCGCCCGAAACGCAUACAAUGUGUUUGAUGUGCCGCAUACCGAACAGUGUAUCAUCUCUGCUGACGAGCGUACUCCCAAGCCACCACCUUCCCUCCAGGAGGUCAUGAGCUCCGUUGUAGUCUACGUGGAUGUGCGUUCCGGCAACGACAAUCGUUCCGAUGGUGUCAAGUCGAUCAUAGCCGACAUGGGGGCUCAGAUCAACGAUCGUCUACUGCGAAACACCACGCAUGUGAUCUUUAAGGAUGGGUUACUCUCGACUUACAAAAAGGCCGUGGAGUGGAAAAUACCGGUUGUCUCAGUAUUGUGGCUUGAGGGCUGCAAGUCGCAACGAAGGGUUUGCGAACCCGAAAAGUUUCCCAUCACUAACAUGCACAAAUAUGAAUAUCCUGAGCUCUACGGCAAGAUAACGCGUGUUCGGUGCAUGCAACCGGGCUCGGAACUUGCCAUACGUCCGUCAAGACGCCCAGUAACUCCCACAUCAUCGAAGGAGAGUGGCCCAGGAUCGGGCAGCAAGGGAACUCCAACCACAACGGCAAAGAAUGACAUCAGCCGCUUCUUUAAGGCACUCAACCACAACAAGCAAAUUGCCGGAGAAGACGCGGUCGAGUCGCCAGCCACUAAACUACUCAACAGGAUAGCCAAUGGCAGCUAUACGCCGGUUUCUCAGCGUCCAUCUGCCUUGCAAGCUGGGGAUAGAUUGCAAGUGCAAGAAAAACCUAAUGACAGUGGUGAAAAACUGCAGGCCCAGAAGAUUUUGAGCUUUAAUGAGAAGCCAGGCAGCGAUGAGCAGCAGUCUGCCAAACCACAGCACCGCCGUAGCACUGCAGAGCCCUCUCCUGUGGCCACGCCAGUACGCACCAGUCGUCGACGCAGCUCUGCACAUAUUUUCAUGACCAGCAAUGCGGAUGCUUCUCAGCCUCCUCAGCCAGAGCAACGGAUGACUCGCCGACGCAGCUCUGCACGUAUUCCGCUGGCAAGAAAUCAGGAUGAUGUUCCGCCGCCUCUAGAGCCACCCACGACGCAUGGCUGUAGCUCAACUCACAAGCCCAUGACAAGCAAUACGGAGGCUGCUUCAGAGACAGAGCCACGAAUGACACGUCGCCGCAGUUCGGCUCAUAUUCUCACGACUAUUAAUGUAGAUGAUCCUCCGCCUGCAGAGGCAGAGCCACGUCUGAAGCGUCGGCGCAGCUCAGCCCACAUUCCCAUAGCCAGAAAUACGGAUGCAGUUGCGCCUCCACAGCCAGAUUUACGAAUGACACGUCGUCGCAGCUCAUUGCUUCAGGCUGCCAAGGAGCCUCUGGAAUUGGCCCCGCAAAAUAUAUUUGCAUCAAUUGCCGAGGAGCUGGCCCCAAUACAUGAGGACAAGAAUUCGAUUGCCGAAGAACCUGCAGGGGAUGCAACCGAGUCAAAUUGUCAGACAUCAUUGAUAACCAAAAUGAACGAGCGCAUGGCAGAUGCAAAAAUCCUUAACAAAACAGAUUUCGUACAACAUUCUCUGGAAAUAAGCGUCGGAAAUCCUUCUCCGUCGAGAGUUCUCUAUCAGGCGGACAAGCGAGGCACCCUGUACACCUCAGAGCGUAUGGACAUCAGCAAGGAAUUCCAGGACGUGAAUUUGACUGCCAGGAAAUCGAUGUCCAAUGUGACUAUGCAAACUUCCACACUCUUAGAUGAGCACUCGACCCCGCCGAUGUUCAGCUCGACUCGCCUGCCAACCAGCAGGUCCAGCACCACCGUAAAUCGAAGGCGCACCCUAUUCAACUUGGACAUGGAGGUGAUUAACGAGAACAUAAACAGGUUGAACUCAUCCCAUCGACUGUCGCUGUUGCUGGCCAAUCAGGCCGAGUUGGGAGAGUGCGACAAAUCAGUUGUGCCGGCAGAAAAAUCUCGGGCGGAGGAGAAUCCCUCGAAUCAACCAAAAAGGCGUCGACUAUUCACGCCCAACGAAGUGGUGGUGACCUCACCCCCAAAGACAAAUAAAAAACAGCGUUUAAGCUUUAGUGGAAACAAUGCAUCCACCCAGUCGGGGAAAAAGAGUCGUCGCUCAUUGGCCGUUCCCGCCUGCCCUUCCUCCGAAUCCAGCUGCCUUAGUGCUCAUGUUGAACGUGAAAGCACCGACAAAUUUCACACCCCCGAUGGAUCUCUAAAUGGUCCUAACGACAUUGAUACUUCCGCCGGAAUGAAUGUAGCAGGAAUGGAGAAAUCGGCGACCAGCAAACGCCGCUCACGUGUAAUCCGCACACUGGUUCACACGAACAUGCAUCAGGGGCAGGUCCAGGUGAUUCAAAAGGCCAUACGGAAGUUGCGUGGAAUGCGGCUGGAUCCCACUGUGACCAAUCGGACCACUCAUUUGGUUAGCCUGGAGCCGCGCCGCACGUUGAAUCUGCUUCGCGGACUCAUGCGUGGCGUCUGGAUAGUCAACUUCGGAUGGAUCCAGGACUCGCUGAAUGCCGGCAAAUGGUUAAAUGAAGAGAAAUACGAAUUGAAGAAGUUCUCGCGUGCCAUUGAGAUUUGCCGCACUGAGCGACAGGCCUUUGGCAUCCACUACCACUGCGAGCUGUUCCGCUACAUGGAACCCUUCUAUGUGUCCUCCCUUUGCCGGCCCAUAGAGUUCAACAACAUGAAGGAGCUACUUUUGCUCGGCGGCGCCAAGAUGACGGAGAAUCGCUUUAAGGCAAAGUACAUUAUUGGCGACAAACGACGGGUCGUGGACGAUCGCAUUUAUCUGACGCCCUACUGGGUGCUGGAUAGCAUCACUGCGAUGCAAAUCCAAAAGUUCGGCAAAUACCUAAUGAAGAGUGCCAUUGUAACGCCCAGUGGCAUACGGUACGAAGAUCCACGGUCGCGUUCUACCAUCCGAAGCGACUACAAUUUCGUAGAUCCCCCACUGGUAAUGGACAAAUAGAUAGACACUUUAUUUUGUUUUACCUUUGGUUGGUCUUCAAAAGGGAAUUCUAUAAACUAAAUUAUCCAAUGAGUUCAAAAUUUACACUACAAUUAGGCCAUUUUUAAAUUAAAACAGACUGAAUCCAUACUGUCAAGUAUAUUUUUCUUGAUAAUUGAUAAUCAAAUAUAGCCGAAAAA